CAGUGGUCUGUGGACUCGGAGCUCCUAGCAGUGAAUAACAUGACAGCGCCGUUAUGCGUGACGUAUGUGGAGUGACAGCGCCUCCCUCCUAUGGCAGAGUAGAAAGGGUCCAGGCACUGGCAGGAGGCGCGGCAGCAGCAGCAGCCUGGCUGGCAGCAGGAGGAGGCUGGGUGCAGAGUGACACAGUCCCGGGGACGCCAGGAUGCAGCCGCUGGAGGCAGGGGACCUGACGGAGCUGAGGCUGGUGGGGAGCGGGGGAUUCGGGGUGGUGCAGAGAGGCAGGAGCAGGAAGCUGGGCAUGGACGUGGCGCUGAAGACCGUGUGGAGACGCUCGGGUGCUGAUUCCAGUGAUCUUGAGAAAGAGCGAGAAAUGAUGAGCAGAGCAAAUUACACCUAUGUGCUACGUCUUCUCGGUGUAUACGAUAAACGGGAAGGAGAGCAUUGUGAAUAUGGCCUAGUGAUGGAAUACAUGCCCUAUGGAUCUCUCUACACCCUGUUUGACAAAAUACUUGAUGUCCCAUGGUCACUGAGGUUUCAGAUUAUUCAUCAGGUGGCGCUGGGAAUGAAUUAUCUCCAUCACGCUCUAGAGCCACCGAUUAUCCAUCGAGAUCUGAAGCCGAGCAAUGUUCUGUUGAACAAGUCCUUAGAUGUUCAGCUGACAGACUUCGGCCUUGCCAAAAAUGAAAAUUCAGGAUCAUCAAGUGUAUCGUUUGCUGGCACCGUGUCUUACAUGCCUCCCGAGGCCCUCCCAUCCGACAAAUCCGAAUACAGCUAUAAACCGACAAAAAAGUUUGAUGUUUACAGCUUUGCCAUAUUAGCCUGGUCAGUCUUAUCAGGUUGUGAACCAUACUCUGAUAUUGCCAAGAACAUGGUCCAGUUGCUAAUAACCCAAAACCCUAACAACAGGCCUGAUAUUAAACUGGUUGAAAAGUGGGAAUCUAAUAAGAUGGUUCGUGAAGCCAAGCGACUAAUGCAGGAAUGUUGGGAUGGUGACCCCGGUAAACGACCCAGUUUUUCUGCAAUCAUUAACCGGACACCAGAGAUGCAGGAAGCGUACAAGUAUGAAAUUCACCAUGAUGUUGAAGAUGUUUCGCGUAAACUCCAAAACCUAUCUUCUUUGUCUGCUAGGGGACUCUUGUUGGCCUUACAGGACAAAGACACCCUGGAUGGCAGAAACGGGCUCAAAUCUGAUACUAACAUCCAAGACAGCAAUACUUUCAGCAUAAGCAUUUUCCAAGAAGUUAUUGAUCAAAUUAGAAGAGCAGCGGUAAGUCCAGACACGCCAAAGGAUCACAAUCAAGACGCUCUUGAAGCAGAAGAAUUCUUACAAUCACAUUUUUCUCAAAUUGUUCAAAGUAAACCUGACCUGAGCGAUAUAUUAGAUGACCUCUAUUCUAGCAGUUAUUUAACACAAGAGACUAUGGACAUGAUACAGUCUGGCACUCCCCAGGAACAGGUCAGGAAGACUCUGCGUAUGAUCAUUAACAAUGGAAAGGCAAGCUGCCAUGAAUUCCUUCGGCUCUUGAAGAUUCACUAUCCUUCGCUGAUGACAUCGCUGAGGGACUAGAACUCUGUUAACCUCUUAUGUUGGUUCUGGAGAAAGAGGACAGCUGUAAGCAUGAUACUCUAUCACUACCUGACUUUACACUGUCAUUGUCACUGUCAUCACUGAGUGGUAUUAAACCCUCAAAAAUGUUUUCAUACUUUAAAGUGGAAGGUGAACAUGACGCUAAGUCUAAUGGGCAAAUUUACUAAGAUGGGAGUUCUAUUUUAGAUGGGAUGUUGCCAAUAGUAACCAAUUAGAUUCUACUCAUUUAUCUAGCACCUUUUUGAAGAUAAUACCUGGAAUAUGAUUGGUUGCUAUGGGCAACAUCCCAUCUUAAAUAGAACUCUCAUCUUAGUAAAUUUACCUCUAUGGGGUGUAUUCAAUAAGAGUUGGAAACUGCCAUCUUGUUGGAAAGACGGCAGUUUCCGACUGGAAUAGAUCGGAAGCGGUUCCGACCUAUUCAAUAGGGGCACAUUUUUUCCGACAAGUCAGGAAACCUCACUUGUCGGAAAGCAGGUGGAUCGAUUCCGCCGAUCCACCUGCUGCUGUCGGAAACGGGGCCAAAUCCGACAGGUCCGACAAACUCAAUCCGACUUGAAAAUAAGUCGGACUGAGGUGAGGAGAUGGGGAGCGGUGCGGCGGGCUACGGGGAUGAGAGGUACCUUGACGGCCGUCCCCCGGCCAGGCACCUUUCUCCCUGUAGUGCCUCCCCCGCAGACAUCACCCCUGCUGCCAGCUCCGGCUGCCGAUCGCCACACUGCUCCCCCCGCUGGCCACGUCACGCUGUUCCCCUCCGCUGGGACACAGGCAACGGACAAAUCCGACAGUCAGAAUUGGCCGCUCUUUGAAUAGGGGUUGUCGGGUCCAUUCCGACAACUGCAUUAUCGAAUAUACCCCUAAGUUGCUUACCGGCACCCUGCCAUAGUUCAAAGUCGAUUACCUUAGUCAAAUGUCUUAAGCAAUUAAUAUGUUGACUUGAGGGCACCAAGUUAUAAUAUAACAGAACUUAUCUUUAGAUUGUAAGCUCUCACGAGCAGGGCCUUUUUACCUCAUGUGCUUUUCCCUCCCUCCCUUACACCAUCAUCUCCGUCCCACUGCUAACAACCCCUCCAAGCCUUUGGUUUCAGCCUGUGCUGCUUUAAUGAGUAUUAUUGAGUAUUAUGUCCAUAUAGCUAGUACCCCAUGUUCUGCAGUGUUUUUUUACUUUAGUUAUUUCCAUGUUUUCUUGUUUUGUUUGUGCUGUCUCUGCGUAUGCACUUUGUAAAGAGCUGUAGACACCUUGUGGUGCAUCUAUAAAUAAAGGAGAAUUAUAAAUCUCUUUACGUAAGAGCAAAGGAUGAUACGUAUUGCAUACAUACAGUACCUACUCUCACGGAAGUUGCGGGAGACUCACAAUUUUUCAGGUAGUGCCCUGCACCCUCGAAAGAGUAGCCAUAUCUCCCCCCAUCCCACUUACUGCCAUAGGAAAGUGGGCAGGAUGUGGGGAAAACUCGGGGAAUUGCAGCUCCAUUUUGAGGGGAUGGGUGGAGCUAAGUGACACAACACUUGUGUAAUUUAGUCCCGUCUCUUCCUCGCGGAAUCUCAGCAUUUUGCCACUACGGAUCGUGGCCUAAUAACAUGUUAGCCCUGACCCGCCCGCCGAAGUUGCCUGCAGUGUCUCCUCUCCAGGCUUCUCCCAGAGAGGAGUCCUGCAAAGUAGGUAACAUCUUUGUAGCAUGGAGAGGCGUCUGUUACAUGUAGUAUUAACAAAAAACAACAUCACUGCUGAAGACUGAAUGCAGCGUUCCCAUCACCCACCGCAAUUCUCUAAUUUAUUUGUGGAACUAUGGGGGUCAUUCCGACCUGUUCGCAUGCAGCGGCUCUUCGCUGCGGUGCGAACGGGUCAGGACUGCAGCUGCAUGGCGGCCGCAAUGUGCACACGUGUCAUUGCCUGGCGACGGUUGUCGCCGGGCACCGACGCCGUCUGCGCAGAAAGUGAUCGCAGCGGCGAUCGCAUGAAGACUGAUAGGCGGGAGGCGUUCCAGGGCGUCAACUGACCGCUUUGAAGGUGUGGUGGGGCGAACGCAGUCGGAUCCAGGCGUUUGGAGGGAGGAUGUCUGACGUCAAUCCCGGGACCUUCAUCGCUGGAUCCGCCGCACAGGGUAAGUAACUCUUACCCUGGUCUUGUUUUGCAGGAAACGUUUUUAGCAUAACAGGGCUGCAUAAGCGUUCGCAGCCCUGCUAUGCUAAAAUACACUCCCCCAUAGGCGGCGUCAAGUUGAUCGCACCAGCAGCAAAAAGUUGCUACCUGCGAUCAACUCGAAAGAGGGCCAAUAUUUCCAUUGUAAUUAAAAUAACUAAAAUAAUAAGCUUUUAAUAUUUAAUGGUUGAAAUGUCUCAAAUUCCCUUUGAACAAGAUCAGUGUCACAGCUCCAAGAGGGGGCAGUCUGGUUGGGGAUCUGGUCUGAAGGUCAACACUGUCUAGGUCGACA